GGCGGGGCCGCGUGGCGCUGGCGGGAACGGGCGGCGCGCCGGGGCCGCGGGGCGGUGCGGGAUGGCCGUGCCCUUCGUGGAGGACUGGGACCUGGUGCAGACGCUGGGAGAAGGCGCCUACGGGGAGGUGCAGCUGGCCGUGAACCGCCGCACCGAGGAGGCCGUGGCCGUGAAGAUCGUGGACAUGAAGCGCGCGGCCGACUGCCCGGAGAACAUCAAGAAGGAGAUCUGCAUCAACAAGAUGCUGAGCCACGAGAACGUCGUCAAGUUCUACGGGCACCGGCGCGAGGGGGCCACGCAGUACCUCUUCCUGGAGUACUGCAGCGGCGGAGAGCUCUUCGACCGCAUCGAGCCGGACAUCGGGAUGCCGGAGCCGGAGGCGCAGCGCUUCUUCCAGCAGCUGAUUGCCGGCGUGGUGUACCUGCACAACAUGGGCAUCACGCACCGCGACCUCAAGCCGGAGAACCUGCUGCUGGAUGAGCGAGAUAACCUGAAGAUCUCCGAUUUCGGCCUGGCCACCGUCUUCAGGCACAACGGGCGCGAGCGGCUGCUGAACAAGAUGUGUGGGACGCUGCCUUACGUGGCCCCCGAGCUGCUGCGGUGCCCGGAGUUCCACGCGGAGCCCGUGGACGUGUGGGCCUGCGGCGUGGUGCUGACCGCCAUGCUGGCCGGAGAGCUGCCCUGGGACCAGCCCAGCGACAGCUGCCAGGAGUACAGCGACUGGAAGGAGAGGAAGACCUACCUGGCGCCCUGGAGGAAGAUCGACUCUGCUCCACUAGCGCUGCUGCACAAGAUCCUGACCGAGAACCCCACGGCGCGCAUCACCAUCCCCGACAUCAAGAAGGACCGCUGGUACUGCCGGCCGCUGAAGAAGGGCACCAAGCGCAGCCGCGUGUCCUCGGGCGGUGUCACCGAGUCCCCCGGAGCCCUCCCCAAGCACAUCCGUUCCGACACGGACUUCUCGCCUGUGAAGAGUGCCCUGGGCGAGGACAAGGAGAGCUACUCCACGUCACAGCCCGAGCCCGGCACUGGCAGCGCGCUGUGGGACAGCGGCACAGGCAGCAUCGACCGCCUGGUGCAGGGCAUCAGCUUCUCGCAGCCUGCCUGCCCUGAGCACAUGCUGCUCAACAGCCAGCUGCUCGGCACGCCAGGCUCCUCCCAGAGCCCGUGGCAGCGCCUGGUGAAGCGGAUGACACGGUUCUUCACCAAGCUGGACGCCGACGGCUCCUACCGCAGCCUGAGGGACGUGUGCGAGAAGAUGGGCUACGGCUGGAAGCAGAGCUGCACCAACCAGGUCACCAUCUCCACCACGGACCGGAGGAACAACAAGCUGAUCUUCAAGGUGAACCUGCUGGAGAUGGAGAGCAGGAUCCUGGUGGACUUCCGCCUCUCCAAGGGCGACGGGCUGGAGUUCAAGCGGCAUUUCCUGAAAAUCAAGGGCAAACUGAGCGACGUGGUCAGCAGCCAGAAGGUGUGGCUGCCCCCACCCUGAGCCCCUUCUCCUCCUCCUCCUCCUCCUCCUCCUCACCCCGUGGGGUGCCCAUAGCCCCCAGCAGAGCUGCGUGCCCCAGGACGGUGCCGCGGGGACGGCCCAGCUCUGCGCCCGCUGCAGCUUUUUAUGGUUUCAAUAAAGCGUGGGAUCACACAGCA